GGCCUGGUGGGGGCGGUGCUUGUGCUCCAGGAUCCACCCCUCAAGGCCGCGGCGUUUGGUUGCACACAGGCUGCAGUUUCAGUUUGUUUUAUUCACCAUUUUGAGUAGCUGAAGGUAAAAAAUUAAGAAUAUUUGCGUUUGGAGCACAAGUCGCUGCCGUACUUUUAUUUUCACGCGCUAGCUCGGACGGCGGAGUUGUGCGCCAACCUCGCUCCCCUCGGUGUUUUGCAGAGCGGGAAUCUAUAUUUCUUUUUUUUCCCUGUGCUUUUUCUUCUCCCCCCUUUCUUACAUCCUUAACCUCUACAGUAUUCCUGCAAAAUGUCAAGACCAGUGAGGAACAGGAAAGUGGUGAACUACUCACAAUUCAACGAAUCGGAUGAUGCCGAUGAGGAGUAUGGCGAGAAUAAGCCGAAGAAGGUGCGCGCACCCCCUCGUGAGCCCAAGCACAAGCGCUCAAAGAACUCCCAGGAUGACAGGUCAGCCCGCGGGAUCGAUGGUGAGGAGUCUGAUGACAAGCUCUCUAAAUCCAAAAAUGAUUCUGCAGAUGACUUUGGCAGCGAUGAGGAAGACAAUGACUUUGGAGAGGAGGAGGAUGAAGACGGAGGAAGUGACUAUGAAGAAAAAAAAGGCAAAAAGGGAAAGAAAGCCAAGGUAGAGAAGCCCAGCAAGAGGGGACCGAAGAGAAAACGGCCUGCAGAUGACAGUGACGAUGACAGGGAAGUGAGUCGAAAGCGUGCAGUGCGCCAGGCGGCCUCCAAGGCCGUGUCCAAACAGAGGGAGAUCCUGCUGGGAGAUGGAGGCAGCGAGGAUGAGGAGCACGAAGACCAAGAGGAGCCCUAUAUGGACCCUGAUGAGUCUGGCAGCGAUGAGGACUUCAUGGUGGAGGAUGAUGAUGACAGUGACUAUGGUCGCUCCAAGAAGAGAGGCAAGAAGGUCAUCCGACGGGGACGGCCGGACAAGAAGGAGAAGAAAAGCCCCAAGCCCCGACUAAAGGCCACAGUGACCCCCAGCCCAAUGAAAGGAAAGGGGAAGGGGCGCCCUAGUGCCAAGGCCCUGGAGAAGAGCUCACCCAAAGAGGAGGAAGAGGAGGAACCCGAGAGUCCCCUGGAGGAAGAAGAGGAGGAGGCAGAGAAGAAAGAGACCUCCCCUGCCCCCAAGACGACAAAGGAGGCCGCAGGAGGAGAUGAGGAGGAGGAAGAAGAGGAGGAGGAGGAUGGCUCAGAAGAGGAGGCACCCUCUGGAGAAGACUAGAAGAUGGUACCUGAUGAAGCCCAUCCUCCAUGUCUAUUUCUCUGUCUCUUCUCAAAGUUUUUGUUUUAUUUUUGGGUUUUUUUUUUCGCUCUGCGUUUAGAGUUGUUUUUUUUUUUUCUUUUAUCCCGGUGGCCUGGCUCAAUGGUUUGGACUUGGUGUGCUUUUUCUUGUUUUGCUUCUCCCCCUGCCACCAAGACAUUGUGCUCAUGUGAUCAUACGGUGUAUGUAAGGAGUCACAACAUUCAGCCUUACCUGCCCUUAUGUCUUUAUCAUUUACCUUCUGCAUUCUAGUGUGAAAAUCAGACAAGUUUCUGCCUUUCCAAGAGCUCAGUGCUAGUGAGCAUCCGUCCUGAGUGCGAACAAACCAAUUUGCUUGUUUUUUUUGCUUCUCCCCUCUCCCAGGAUUAUCUGGCCACACCAUUUUCCCCCGUUUACUUUACUGAAAUCUGCGAUUACUGUGACUACGUUUCUCAGUAUCGGUUACUAAAGCGCUGUAUUUACAAAGCGAUGCUAAGUCAACACGCAGGGCAGAAGCCUUCACCCUCUGUUUGGUACUUUUGUGAUUUUAAACCAGGAGCAUGUUUUAACAGGGCAGUUAGUUACGUAGUUGUUUUAAAACCUUUAAAACAGUUCUUUCAGUUAAAGCAGCUUUUAAUCUUAUUUUUAAAGAUCACCCUGCUUGUUUCACAUUACAUUUGUGCCCUGAGCUCUUGUCGUGUGGCUGCUGCUUCAUAGAUCAGUUCAAACUGUGUAAGGUGCGUUAUGUAGACUGGCAGAGUGGUUGGUCAUAACUGAGUGUUUGCUUCAUGCUGGACUGCCACUAUCACACGUUUCAAGCCAGCAUGUGUGUUUUUAUGAACAUGUUUAAAUUUGUAUGCUUGUAUUCCUGUAAGAGGGUCUGGCUUUUCUCCCUCUCAGCCCAUCUGCUGCCUGUUAAACGGUUUCUGUUGUUAUUUGCUGGGCUUGUAAACAAUGUACCAUGCUACGUGAAGCAACUCCACCCGUUCAGAACAUACGAUCCUGCAUGGCUGCAGCAUCUUCAACACUCAACCCCUUGUGCCAGGCACCCCUAAAUCUUUUUAUUUUGUUCAUUUUUAAGAAAUGCAAGAAGACAUGUUUUUUUCUUUUUCUUUUUGAGAGUUAAAAAAAAUGAAUGUUGUUUUUUCUCCUGUUGGUUCAUUGUUCUAAUUCUCUAUUCAGAUUUUUUUUGUAAUGUUUGUUUUUUAAGAAAAGAAAUAAAAUGUAUCUUGAUUUUAAAGAAAAAAAGUUGAUCCUAUCCAAUCUGUUCUGCCCGAUGGUUGGACCCGCCAUCCCUCCCUUAAUUAUUCCUGUCCUUUCAUUCACCUCCCCUCAGUCCCAUCAGCUUAAUGGUUACUGUUGGUAUACUUUUUUUUCCUUUUAGCUUUUCGUUCACCCAUUAGUAUUUCACAAGCAGAUGCAUUCUACAGUACUGAGGCUCAGAAAAGAUUGAAAUGAAGUUGGCAGCUCAGUAUAUCCAGCAUUCGUUUGUCUAUUAAUGCCUUAAUUUUCAUUGAGUUCAGUUUGAGUAGUGGCUCUGAUAUCAUUGUUGGAAGCCUGAGAAUGUAAUCUGUCCUCGUGUUUUAGGUCUUUGCUACAAGCAGCAAAUCGGGCUUAAAACAAGUCAACAAUUUGUACGAUCAGCAGACCAUCCAAAGCCAUAAAGGAUCUCAAAACUAGUGACUCGGAGAUCAGGUGCAGCACUUUUGAUUGUCCUUUUUCUUUCGAUAAAUAGUGUUUUGAUGUCGAAGCAAAAAAAUAAAGAUACGAAAAAUCUCAUUGUGAUCUUGGGAACUUAAAUGCAUUAUUAGGCGUCGUCAGGAGAAAUUUGGAAUCAUCCCAAGACUGCAAUAGAAAUCAGUCCUGGACGUGUACAGGACACACUAGAACCUAGUACUUGGUUCAGAAGCACAUUCAAUUGUUUUACAACUGUCCUUAGAAGGUUAGUGUGUUUUUCUAUGUUCAGGUCCUGAAUUGGCACCAAAUCCUUAAUGUCAUUUUAAGACGAUUGGAUAAAAAUAUGGAAAUAAAUAUGAAAAAAAGUUUGUUUAUACCAAUCUAAAGCUCCGAGAGCUCUGUUUGCAGUAGGAUCAGAUAGUGUCCUGUAGUUGAGGGCUUGAAUGAGUUUCCUCUCCAUCAUCCCACAGGAGGCACAUGGCAUAAGGCUGUGAAUUUCUCCUCUUUCAUCCAUUCUAAGAUUUCUUCUGUUGUACUCUUUCUGAUGUUUUUUUUUCUAUCUACCUUCAGUUGUACUGGCAAUGUUAAUGUAAGCCAAGUUGUGAUUCCUACAGGAGACCAAGUGAGAAGCUUUUGUCAGUAGUGUGGAAAGGGAACGCUGAACUUUUGAAUCUUUUGCAUGUUAUGGAAAAAGUGCAAAGCGAUGAUGAUGAUGCUGGUAAUGGCAAUAUUGUGGUCUUACAAAAAAGUAUUAACACCGAUGUUGAUAAUGUUUUGGUUUCCCAGCUUCUAAUAAAGGCAACCUACUUUUUAUAAGGA